UUUGCUUUACAGAGAUCGAAAACUGUGCAAUUUGGGAUUAAAAGGCUACUAUGUUAAAGGCAAUGGCAACAAUGCAGGAGACCAAGCUAUUGAAGAAGAAGGUAGUCAUUCCCAUGGCACUGCAGAAUCAUGUGAUAGCAAAGAAAUAGGCCUAGAUGAAAGUGAACUUGAUUCUGAGGCUGAACUCAUGAGAAGUAUGGGACUGCCACUUCAAUUUGGUGGGAUGUCUACACAUAAGAAUUUUGAGGUAUCUAUGAACACUAGAAAUAAAAAAAUAAAAAAGAAAAAGAAAAAAUACCAAAAGCAGUACUUAGAUGAGAUUAUGAGAGAAUCUUGGAGACAAGAAUAUGAAGAAGAUGACAUUUUGGCCUCAGAUGAUCCAUGUUCAGUUGAACGGUAUGAGAACACCAGAACAUGUAAACUUCAAACCAAAAAAGACGUUGAAACUGAAAACCUUACCUUUGAAAAUACAUUAUUAUCUCCACAACUAGAAAUUACAGGGAACUGGGAAAAGUACUGGAAUAAAUAUGGUGGAGGUUUGUUAUGGCAAAGCUGGCAAGAAAAACAUUCAGAGCAAGCCCUAUGUUCUGAACCUUGGAACAGUCCUGAUACAAAGGAAGAAUGGGAACAACAUUAUAGUCAACUUUAUUGGUAUUAUUUAGAACAAUUUCAGUAUUGGGAGACUCAGGGUUGGACUUUUGAUGCCUCACAAAGCUGUGAUUCAAACACUUGUGGGUCUAAAACAGAAGUUAACAACGAGAAAGAUGCAAAUUGCAUGAAAGCAGACUUACUUUCUUUUCCAUCUUCAUCAGUUGGCAGCGAAAGCUCUAGUUCAAGUGAUAAAGAUCAUACUGAAGUACUUGAUGGAAUUAGUAAUAUAAGUCUGAAUUCAGGGAAAGUAGAACAGAGCCAUUUAGAUUCCUCUAUAAGUUCUGAUGGACAUCAGUGGCUAAGUGCUAUUAACAGCAGAAGAGAAUGCCCUGCUUCUGGCCAAAGUGAACCAUGUGAUGGCGGAACCAAGGAAGGUAACAACUUGUCUGAGAAUAGAAGCGCAAACCAACCAGCUCAGGGUAAGAGUGACCAAGAUUUAUCCAACUAAGUAAUGGUUAAAUAAAUGAAUUAUUUAGCAAAAUUACUAACACUAAUCCUUUAUGGUAGAGUUAAAUAAUGCCAGAUACAUUUUAUAGAUUAAUAAUGAAAUUAUUUAAUCCAUCUUAUUUUUAUAUCACAAGUUGUUUAUUACCCUUUUAUAUAAAUAAAAAAAGAAUACUUGCACAGACUUCUCAAAAGUAUCAUUUCUUCCUUUUAUACCUUGUGGCCAGUGACUUAAAACUUGGAAAUCCUUUGAGAAGUCUAAUUUGGAGUGAGGUUGGAUCAUCCAACUUUCUCCAGAGGACAUGAAGGCACAUUAAAGAAAUUGAGAGCGCAUGUUUGGCCUUAGGCAAAUCUGAAUAGGAGUCAUAUCUGGAAUUCAGCUGAGACAAGUGAAAUCUUCCUCUAUAGGGAAUCUCAGCAAGGCAUGAUAUUAGUUUAUAACCAGAAGGGUUGAUUUCAGACUUCUCAUAAAAUAUCUAGGCUAAGGAUCUUGGUUCACUCCUGCCUAAUUAAUAAAAAUAAAAAAAAUCGUGCAGACUGGUGCCACUGUCAGAACUAAAGAAAGCCAGUAAGAAGUGUGUUAAGAGAAGUUAGAGUGGAUAAGAAUGCUCUUGCUGGGGAGAAGGGUACUACCAACUAAAGGCACCAGGAAAAUGGGAGUGGAGGAAAUUUUUAUAACUUGGAUUUUUCCUGAAGCCCACUAAGAUGUUACCUUGGCAUCCUUGAUGUUUCGUGCUGGAAGUCUGGUUCAUAGGGACUUCUCAGCCUUAUUCCUAUAUGAAGCAAAAUGUGUUGGCCUUUUACUUAACAAUUAGGUUCGCUUUGCUCAUCUCAGGUCGCUGAUCUUCAUCUGUAGUUGAGAGUCCUCUAGAGCAGCAGUUCUCAACCUUCCUAAUACCGCGACCCCUUAAUACAGUUCCUCAUGGUGUG